AUGUCAGAUCAAAAUGCCCGCGGAUGUGGUAACAGCAGUCUCCCUAAAGUCCUCGUCCUCUUCACCGGCGGCACCAUAGCCGGCGGCUCCAUCUACGGCGCCCUCGACGACACACAAUACGGCCAACUCAGCCAAACCGGCGAAGACAUAAUCGCCCGCAACCCCUACCUUCUCAACAACACGCAACUCGCCGUGUCCAACUGGACCACCGAAGACGAUGGCUCAACCGGGACAAACGACGCCUUAGUCAUGAACAUGACGCGCUUCGCCCACGACGCUCUCUGUUCAGAAGACAGCGACAUCGUCGGCGCGGUAUACACGCACGGCACGAAUUCGCUCGAGGAAACAGCGUUCCUGAUGGACUCGCUUGUGAACUGCGGGAAACCGGUUGUCGGGACGGGGAGUAUGCGGCCUUUUACGCAUUUGUCGUGGGAUGGGGAGGCGAAUUUUUUUGAUGCGGUUAUGUUGGCUGCGAGUCCCGAGUCGAGGGAUAGAGGGCUGAUGGUUGCGUUUAAUGCAAGGAUUAUACCGGGGUAUUGGGUCACGAAGUUGCAUAGCACGAACCCGGAUGCUUUUGGGCCUACGUCCGGGGGUGAUCUGGGCAUAUUUAUUAACAGUUUGCCGGUCUUUUUCAACACGCCGAGUCAGCCGUUGUAUAAGUACUACUUCGACAUCGGCACUGUAUCAGCCUACCCCACAUACCCAACCCUACCUAAAGUCGACAUCCUCUACGCCGCCCGCGAGUUCGACGGCAAGCUCGUACUCGAUGCGCACGCCAACGGCGCGGACGGCGUCGUCAUAGCCGGCACCGGCAACGGCGGCGUACCGAAUGGCGGAGACGAGAUUGCCGAAGCGAUGGAGAAAGGGCUUCAAGUUGUUGUUGGGACAAGAAGUCCGCAUGGACCGUCGAGUCCGGCAAGGACACCGAGCUUUGCGAAGGCGGGGUUUGUGCAUCCGAUUCAAGCGAGGAUUAUGCUGCAGCUGGCGAUUGCGAGUGGGAUGGAUAUGAAUCAGACGAUUGGGGUGUUUGAGGGGGGGUUUAGGAGGGCGAUUGGACAGAGUUGGAGUCCGGGGGGUUGA